UGACUCUCCGCCGAAGGUCCCGCCGAGAUUUUUAAUUGCAGACUUUGCAGUGAGGUGCCGACUAGCAAACAGCGAGGCCGCGCGACGAUACUGUGUCCCAGCCGAGGCCAGACCAGACCAGAGUCACCAGACCCACCGACCAGACCAGGUGCAGCAUCUGAGGGAGUCGUUACGUUAGACCCAGAGAGAACGAGAGAGAGAGGGAGAAGUUUCUUCUUCGUUUUCCCCCAUAACGAGCAAGAUGGCAGGAGCAACUGGAAGUGUUGUGGUGAUGAUGAAAGUGCUGUUGGAGAUGUGCUUCGUCGCACUUAUAAUAAUAUCCAGUGGGCCACGUUCCACUGAAGCUGUCACUACAAUCACACAGGCUACGGUUGUAACGCCUGAGAUCUCGGCUCUGACCUCUACAACAAACAAAACGAUUGUUGACAACCCAGACUCCAACUCCCUCCUGUCUAGCAAUAUUACGGAAACGAAUGAUACAACAACAACAACAUCAUCUGCAGCUACGUCCCAUGGUCAAGAAAAGGAGUCUGUUCUGGAUGAUACUGCAGUCAAUGCUAUUCUGGACAAACCUACAGUUCCAGUCACUGGCUCAAGUUUGAGCGUCAAUACCUCUAGCACUCAUCGUAAAAGCAAUGACAAAGUAUAUGAAAAUAACUCGACUACAUCUAUCACAGUUAACAAAGUAUCCUUAACGGAUCCGACGGAUCCUACAGAAAAAGGGGAGAACACUGCGGCAAUGAACAAUGGCCCCAGUACAAAUGACUCGCCUAGUGGUAGGCCUGAUGAGCAAUUCGGAAUCGACACACUUCCACUGAAAGCCGAGACAGUGGUCUUGCAAAACACACCUUCGACAACAGUUCCUCCAUCUCCCCAGAACGACAGUGACAGUGACAUGACAACAGAACCGCCAACGGAAGAUAUGAAACACUCCUCCACGCAUGAACUCGGAGCGUACAAUCUUACUCGGCCUCUGUCCACAGUGGCCACAGCCCUUGGUAAAGACACGCCUACGGCUGCCUCCGCUUCGACUAUUCCUUCCGGGUUGAUCUUCAUCAUCGUCCUAGUGGCGCUCGUCCUUGUAGAAGUGGGAUUAGUGAACUUCGUCAACUGGUGGAAGGACCGAGACACAUCCUGGAACGGCGAGAGAAGAUACUUCUCGUUCCUCUUCGUACUCUUCAACCGGAAAAGCACCCGUACCACUUACGCUGGCCCUAUAGAUGACACCACUCCUAUCGUCCAGGAAGCAUAAGAAUGACGGCCACAACGAGAACCCUGAACCCCGAAUGAAGUACAAAAUGAUGCUGGUCAAAUAAGAUUCGCAACGAAGACAGUUUCAACAUCCCGGGAAUGUGUCGAUCGUGUAGGCGUGGCGCAGAAUAAUCUAAUCUAGUCAAGAACUUCUUGGACAGUGGGUGGAUGCAGAUGAAUAACUUAUGGCGAAGGAAGAAGAUUGACGCGAAACGGCAUGGCAGAGGAAGCUCUAUCGGAAGUGAUAAAUAUCGAUUCUAAAAGUGACAUGUAAUCCUGACAUUACACAGCAGUUACGAGCCUUUACCCCUUAGUGUCAGGAAUUACUCUGGGAUGCGGUUGUUAGCCUCGCGCCUCUCUCCGGUAAAUGGGGACAAAGGGAAGGAAAGCUGAAACAUUAUACUGAGGUGGUUGUUGUGUAAAAUCCCCCCCAACCCCCACCAGGAAAUUCCAAUAUUAUUUAACUGUCCUUCAGAGGGAAUGUGUCUUUCUUCAGUCAUUUUAUUAUCUAUAAAAGAAAAUAACUUUCUGAAAGGAGCAUUGAAAAACCAACAUGAUAUACAAAUUAUAUUUCCAAAGACCUUAUAGACACCUUCACAUUCAUCAAGGUCAUACUGCCAAGUAUGACCUGAUGCAGUGUGACCUGAUUUUUCUACCAGCAAACGCUGUUACUGAAAGUAUGUCGAGAACAGCUCCUCAUUCCAGUGGUUCGAUAACCCUACAUUUAUUUAACACUGCUACAUUCCACACUCACAAGGUAUGACUGUUUAUUGUAGGCUUUGCUUGCUAUUUUCAUAGGAUUGGUAAAUGUGACUGUCUAGAUAUGUUGCAAUACAAAGUUUUUUUUUACCAAUAACAUAAGGUCAAAUUUUAAAAGCAAAUGUACAUUUUGAAUUCCAUUGCAUUUCUGACAGAAUUGACUGCUUGACUGUCUCUCAUGUAUUGCAUAGCACAAUCAAUCAACUCUAAAGGAUCAUCUGUCAUCCAUCAGAACCCCAAGAUUAAGCAAAAAGUAGGUCCUUUAUCAGCUGGUAAGGUAGCGUACUUAUAUUUCUGACGUUUACUGGAGCUACUUCUAACAUAUGUUUCAUCUUAGAGGUCAGCAUCCAUGUUUUUACUGACAACUAACAGCUGUGCUACAGCAAUGUGUAUCUCAAUCAAUCCGUAUUGUACCAGUACCACUAUGCAUGACAAUCUUUGUGCCUGAAGGAAGUUAGCAGAACGUCAUUGCACAGAUAUAAAGAUAUCUAACACCAGUCCAUAAAAAAUUUAAACAGACUCCAUCUUAUAUUUUACUGUAUAAAGUAUGUGAAAAAUGUAGGAAAAGUUUGGUUCAACUCCAAAUGAAUAAUAAUAAUAAUAAUAAUAAUAAUAAUAAUUGUAAUAAUAAUAAUAAUAAUAAUAAUAAUA